AUGGAACCCGAGGAAUCAACGUCGCCUGUCGACGAGGGCGAGCAGCGCCCGCCUCGCCCCAUGCCGACCGACCUCCCGACGUCUCUCAACGACCGCCGUCACGCGCCAACAGAGUUCAUCGUGCCCGAGACGGAAAUAUACGACGGCUGGCAAGGUCAAUCUCAGUUUCUGACGACACCCGCCGUCGCGAAGCCGCUCAACUUUGCCAAUCUUUCUCUCAAUGACAACGACUACGAGGGCGAAAUCACAAAAGGCCCAAAGGAUAGCGACGCUCGACUCAUGGAGAUGCUUGCAGCCCAAGCCGCUGCUCACCAGGCAGGUCAUGGCGCCGAGGACGACAAUGCUAUUGCCGAGAAUGAGAAAAUCCCCGAGAAUGAGAAAAAGGACGCAUUGCAAAAGUCUCUCAACAUGGCUGCCAGCAACGGCGACGUAGAAAAGAUUACAAAGAUGCUUGCAGGCAAAGCCAAAACAUACAUCGACGUCAAUGCUGCGGACGAGGAUGGUACGCCGCCGCUAAUUUACGCAAGCUGUUUUGGUCACGAAGGUGUGGUCAAGGCUCUUAUCGAUGCGGGCGUCGACGUCAACAAGCAGGAUCAAAAUCAAUGGAGCGCUCUCAUGUGGGCAAUGACUAACCGCCAUAAGAAUAUUGCCAAACUGCUUCUCGACAAUGGUGCCUCUUCCGACCAAAAAACUUCGUCCGGCCGAACCGCUUUUGACUUUGUACCGCCCGACAGCGACAUGUCCUUUUACCUUCAUGACAACGGCUACAACAUUGGCAACGCCGGAAUGGGUGACGACUUUUACAAUCCCGGGUUUUCUCAGGAUCGAUUCGAGGAGGAAAUGGCAGAGAAUGAAAUGCGCCGCCGUCUCAUGAUGGAAAGCGCGCGCGACUUGGAGGUUGAUCUAGGAAAUGUAGGGAUGGACGAUCAGCCAGAGCCUGCGGAAGAAUUCGAAGAAGAGCAACAAGAAUUUGACUGGGGAAGGUGCUUACACGACCAAAUGUUUGUUUUCCAAGAGCACGAACUCGACCGCAUACUCGAUAUAAUCAUCACGAAAAUGACGCCGCAACGAUCACCAUCGCAAAAACCAGUUCCAGCGAAUAUGAUCUUCCUAAGCGCACGAUACGCGCACUACCACGCUAGCCCAGAGCUUUUGGAACGAUUGCUGGUCUCCGCCAUGGACCUUAUUAACGACAAGGUCGAGGCAUGCCAGUGGGACAUGACCAUUUUAGCUUUCUGGAUCUCCAACGCGACAUUACUGCUACACUACCUCAAGAAGGAUGCAGGACUGUUGGAGGCAACUUCGGAAUUUCAGACACAGCUGGCGGAUUUGAUCAAUGAGAUUUUCAUCCUCAUUGUGCGCGACGCUGAGCGACGUCUAGACAAGGUGUUGGACCCAGCCAUGUUGGACCACGAGACGAUUCCCGGCUUCGAAGACAUUACCUUUCAAAACGAGUGGAAGCUAUUUAAGCGAAAGACUGCAGUCAAGGAGGAGCCCCUGGAAAAGCGGUAUAGACCACCGUCGCCCAAGCAAAGAGCCAAGCCGUCGCCGCGCAACGUCACAUCGUUGUUGUCGUCUACCGUGUUUGUGCUGGACUUGUACGACAUUCACUCGGUCAUUACGACUCAAAUAAUUUCGCAGCUGCUAUACUGGAUUGCAUCCGAGCUCUUCAACCGCAUCAUGUCAAAUAGGAAAUACUUGGCGAGGACCAAGGCAAUGCAGAUUCGCAUGAACGUUUCACUUUUGGAAGAGUGGGCUCGAACGAACAACAGGCAGGCCGAGCACUACGAAGGGGGCGAGACCAAGUCGACGGGAGAAACAACAGCAGACGCAAGCAGGCGUCAUCUGGCACCGGUUAUCCAGCUCCUACAGUGGCUGCAGUGCUUUUCGUCGCUGGCCGAGGACGACCUCGAGGCGCUGGUGGGGACGCUGCAGCAACUCAAACGACUGACGCCACAGCAGCUGAUUCAUGCCGCGACGCAUUAUCGCGCAGAAGUAGGCGAGAAGCGGCUGCCAAAAAGCGCGACCAAGUACCUACUGGGGAUUCAAAAGGAGGCGGCUCUGAAACGAGACCGGCGGCGGAGCCGAGCCGCAUCGCCGCUGCCCAAAGCAGGCGGCCCAGACACCAGCGUGCCGUCGACACCUGUCAAGAAUAGCGGCGGCGGCGGCAACGGCCUGAGCGCGUCGCCGCCGAGCGCGCAAAGCACUCCGGCGCGAGUUGGCCUUGACGCAGAGGACGGUGGCUGGGACGACGAUGAGGAGGCGCCGCCGAACCUCUUGAUGGAUCCCGCGCUGAUGCUACCGUUUACGCUGCCGUCGGUAACGGACAUGCUGAUUUCGUACGGGGCGGGCUUUGGCGGCGUCAACAGGGAGCGGGAGCGCAAGUACAUACCAACGGUGCCGCCCGAGUUCCUGGAGAAGCUGGAGGUGGCGAGUGGUGGCGGGCGCAAGGACCCCAUGUUUGCAGAGAAGGACUGGGAGAAUGAAGAAGUUUAG